AUGAUAGAAAGUGACAUCUCAUCCAUGAUGUCAGGAAUUAUUCGAAACUCAGGGCAAAAUCACCACCCCUCUCCACAGGAAUACAGGCUCCUGGCCGCCACCAGCGAUGAUGACCUUCCCGGGGACCUGCAAUCACUGUCGUGGCUCACGGCCGUGGACGUGCCGAGGCUGCAGCAGGUGACGAGUGGCCAUGUGGACCUGGGUGGCCCCAGUGCGCCACACGCGCACCCAGGUGCCUUGGCCAGGACAGCUGACCUGCACUUGGGAGCCGCCCCAGGUCCCCUGCUCCAUGGCCCAGCUGGCAUGGCCCCCCAAGGCAUGCUGGGUCUGGGUCACCUGACCAACCAUGGAGCCAGCCAAAUGAACCAGUUCCCUGUGGGGGGCCAGCCUGCAUCCAGCCUGCAGGACCCGCCACAGCUGUACUCUCCCACCUCCCAACCACAGUUCCCGCUACCCCCGGGCGUCCAGCAGUGCGCUCCUGUGGGCCUGUAUGGUUCCCCGUUUGGGGCACGGCCUCCCUACCCCCAGCCCCGCAUGGCUGUGCAUUCAUCUCAGGAACUGCACCCCAAACACUACCCCAAGCCCAUCUAUUCAUACAGCUGUCUGAUCGCCAUGGCCCUGAAGAACAGCAAGACAGGCAGCCUGCCCGUGAGCGAGAUCUACAGCUUUAUGAAGGAGCACUUCCCUUACUUCAAGACGGCUCCCGACGGCUGGAAGAACUCAGUGCGACACAACCUGUCCCUGAACAAGUGCUUUGAGAAGGUGGAGAAUAAGAUGAGCGGCUCCUCCUCGCGGAAGGGCUGCCUGUGGGCCCUGAACCUGGCCCGCAUCGACAAGAUGGAGGAGGAGAUGCACAAGUGGAAGAGGAAGGACCUGGCCGCCAUCCACCGGAGCAUGGCCAACCCCGAGGAGCUGGACAAGCUGAUCUCGGACAGGCCAGAAAGCUGCCGACGCCCUGGCAAGCCAGGGGAGCCUGAGGCCCCUGUGCUGACCCAUGCCACCACGGUGGCCAUGGCCCACAGCUGCCUGGCCGUCUCCCAGCUCCCACCCCAGCCACUGAUGACCCUGUCCCUGCAGUCGGUUCCCCUGCACCACCAGGCCCAGCCCCAGGCACAUCUCACCCCAGACUCUCCUGCCCCAGCCCAGACCCCACCCCUGCAUGCCCUGCCGGACCUGAGCCCCAGCCCCCUCCCCCAGCCCACCGUGGGAAGGGCACCUGUGGACUUCGUCAACAUCAGCACUGACAUGAACACCGAGGUGGACGCCCUGGACCCCAGCAUCAUGGACUUCGCUCUGCAGGGGAACCUCUGGGAGGAGAUCAAGGAUGAGGGCUUCAGCCUGGACACACUGGGCGCCUUCGGAGACUCCCCACUGGGCUGUGAGCUGGGGGCCUCGGGCCUGACCCCCGUCUCCGGCGGCAGUGACCAGUCCUUCCCAGACCUGCAGGUGACCGGUCUCUACAGCACCUACUCGACCCCGGACAGUGCGGCCACGCCAGCCGUCACCUCCUCCUCUCAGUACCUGGGAGCCCCGGGGAACAAGCCUAUAGCCCUGCUUUGA